UCGGCUAUCGCCAAGCGCCAGAGGAGACACUGACGGCAGCCACGUAAGCCAAGACACAUGUGCUAGUCAAGACAACAAGAUGAUCGCACUCGGAGACAGGGUGGAGAGUCCCCCUGUGAAACCGUCAAACAAAAUCACCCUUCCUCCCGACAGGGUAUCAAAAAGAAAAAGGAAGAAAAGGAGAUGGAAACACAAAAGGAUAGAGGUCAGCAAAAUCUUUGACAAAGCAGCAGGUGGUAUCAAUCUAGUUCCCAACAAAUCAAAAGAAAAAAUACAUAUUAUGCGGGGAAAGGAUGGGCGGGUAGUGGGCUGGUAUUUUUUUUUCGGGGGUUUUUUUCGGUUUUUCUUAUCGCUUUUGUUUGCUCUUGACUGUGUCAGAGUUAUAUCCAGUUGAAAGAGUAGUUGUAAUCCGUCACCGGGUAUUAUUGCUGGUCCCACCAUCUUUCAAACUGGACGACACACGCCUGAUGGCGAGUUUGUUCAUGCGGCGGCCUGGACGGGAGUGGAAGCGGAGGCAACGUUCACGGGCUCGACGGGCUCGGCACGGUCUCCGGGGCAUCCUUGGAGAUCGGCUCAGGCUUGG